CGAGUGCUGUGCAGUCCAGGGCUCGUUGUGGUUUCUACAAUUCUCCUCGUACUUUCUACAAUCCCUGUUGUACCUUUAUUGUACAGUUUUUGUUGGUACUUUUGUUGUACUAUCCACACUUUUUCUAGCAGUGGAUAAGUGUUAUCAGCCUGCAAAAUCUCAACACUGUCGACUCGACCUUUUAGGUGGAGACCAAUAGACACACAGACAGACAGACAGACAUAAAAAGUUUCCUACUCUUCUCGAGUAAGAGGCUUCGCUAUCGCUCAGCUCAUUAUUUGCUAUAAGACAAGGAAUCGAAAGGGAGAUGAUGCACCCAUAGCCCCUUGUAAAUUUGUCAUAACAAUAAAAUUGUAUUCAUUAUUUGUAUUAUAUUAUUAGAUUAUUUUUUAAAUACUAAUUUGUUUAGUGGACAAUACUUAUACUUCAUUCAUCGGUGAAGGGUCGACGGUUCGAGCCUUGACUGUUUAUCCGUGAGUAGAGGUCGCUGCUGUCGCUUCAGUUGUUUGCCUGGUUGUCCUUCCCCCACUUGAAUCCCAAGAACGGGGCCCGCACCACAGCCCUCGAGACUGUUCGUUUCGAGAUCGUGUGGCGGAGGCAAAGUUGGCAAUACUGACAUCAUUCCAAUUGGCGCCUACACUUUGCCGCCGUUUUCUCCUGUCCUGACCUGCUCCCAUUGUACCGGUGCCAGUGUAACCUUUUCUUAAUUUCGUCGAGUCUGCUUUAGGCCGUCUUCAGAUUUUUUGCUGCAUGGUUUGAUAGCGCUCAUCGAAACCAUUGGUGAGUACUUUCCAUGCAACUCUUUUAAGUAUCUAGGGGUAGGUUGGAGAAGAAAAGUAAAGGGUAAGACAACCCCCUUGUGGCCUACUGCACCAGUCCAUGACAUCCAUAUAACAGGGUUUUCCCACUCAGAUUUUCAUAUUCAGUUGAAAUAAGUGGUCGAGGGAUGGCUACAAGUCAAGAUAUCAGCUCCACAAUGUUUGUACUUUUCUUCCCUAACCUACCCCUAUUGCCCCAUCUCCGGCAUGGCAGCUCCUGGCAAGGAUCAUGUUUCACGCGGACAUGGGUCAAUGAUCAUGAGAUUUGCUUUCAUCCCUUCUUUGCGUUUACCAAAAGUUGAAGUGAUUAGUGGUUCUGUAACAAUUUGUUGCAUUCAUUGAUGUUACUGCAAAUUUACCAAGAACACACUGAACUACAAAGUCAAGGUUCAUUUCGAAUGCCACUGUAAACUUGUCUUGAAAACAAGUCAGAACUAAUCUCCUCCAACAUUGGGUCACUAAAGCUUGCGUUAAUAAUUGGUCCUAGAAUCUCUUUAGUAACCUAUAAGACUUGUAAAGCUCCAAAAUGAAUCUCUACAUAUUUUUGAAUUUUAUUUGAACACAUGAAUGUUGAGAACUUAUUACAUAUCAUCUUGCAAGAUUUUUGUAACUGUCUUGUUUCCUUUUUUUCGUUUUUAGUGUUUGAAGCCAUGGAGCAGCAGCAGGCCUUGUUACUUCUGCUGCAACAGUUCCAGCAAGCUCAGCAAGUGCAGCAGCUAUUGAGUCAACAGCCCCAGUCUCCCAUGUUGCUUCAGCCUUCGGCGGCAUUCCAUCAGCUGCAGCAGCAGCUUGAAGCGCAGCCGCUGAGUCCCUUGCAACUUCUACAGCAGCGGAAUCUUCUGUUGCCACCAUUCCAGCCGCAAGCAAGCAUCACUGAGGUCCCUGUAAGCAGUCCUUCUGUUGGUCCUUCUCAAAGCUCUCUCAAAACUUCUGCUCUUGCUGUGCCAUCAGAUUCCACUCAAUCAAGCUGUGCAUCUACUAGUGAUGCUGCCAGUAUCACUACAAGUUCGAAAUCUCAAGUUGUUGAAGUGGACUCAAUCUCCUCAGCAAAGGCUGCACAAGCAGCUAAGGAAAGCUCACCUGAAGAGAAGACAGACAGCAAGAGUUUGGAACCUGCUCCUCUCACUUUUGCCGUAAGCUCGGAUUCAGAUGAGGACAACGAAGAGGCAGACACUGAAUUCCAGCCCAAAAAGCCUCGCAAAACCAUUGAUGAUGGAAAGAAAAAAUCAUGUAAAGCAGCAGCACCCUCGAGGUCUAGGGCAGGGCGUCCCAAAAAUUCAAAAAAUAAGACCGAGCCAAAAUCUGCCCUCGUAAAAAAGCUGGCAAGUCUUCAGUCCCCCUCCGUUUCAAUUAUCAAUGCUGACAAUGUGCCGGAAACGUCAGGGAGGUCUCUCAGAUCAGGCUCUCAUGGACGGAGCGAACCCCAAGGAGGUUCAAGUUCCAACUUACAUCCAGUGGACAUUGGUUUUGAUUUUACCCCUAAGAAAUGCAUUGAUCCAGAAAUUCUAGAGAGAAUUGAAGCAUGCAUUGUCAAGACUUCCACAUCAUGGGAUGAUGUUGUGGGUCUUGACAAUGUAAAGCAGCGUCUCAGAGAAGCAGCUGUCCUUCCCAUAAUAAGGCCUGAAUUAUUCGUUGGGCCCAGGGCAGCCUCUAAGGGCGUUUUGCUGUAUGGUCCACCUGGAACGGGAAAAACCAUGCUAGCAAAAUGUGCUGCAGCUGCGUCUAACUGCACUUUCAUAUCCAUCAGAGCUUCAGACAUAAUGUCUAAGUGGAUUGGUGAUGGGGAGAAGGGAGUGGCUGCCCUCUUUGAUGUUGCAAGGGAAAAGCAACCCACUAUCAUCUUUAUAGAUGAGGUUGACUCCCUACUCUCAGCAAGGAGGCAGGGCGAACAUGACGCUAUCAGGAGGAUAAAAACCGAAAUCUUGAGUCAAUGGGAUGGCCUCUCAGGUGAGAGCCAAAGCCGCAUAAUGGUGCUCGGUGCUACCAACAGGCCAAUGGAUUUGGAUCUGGCGGCCAUGCGCCGCUUCGCUCGGCACUUGUAUGUGCCCCUUCCCGACAUUGAGGCGCGCAAAGACAUGUUCAGGAAGUUCUCCAAAAGUGGGGAUGUGAAAGUAAAAUUGACCGACUUCGACAUUGUAGCCCUUGGACUACACACGUCAAACUACUCUGCAGCUGACAUCACAAACGUUCUGAAUGAUGCCUGCAUGGCACCAUUAAGAGAGCUCUCCUAUGAAGAGGUGGAAACAAUUCCACUUGAUGAGAUUCGACCUGUAUGCAGGGAUGACAUUGAGAAGACCCUCACCAGUAUUCAACCCACCUGCAAUUUGGAUUCCAUAGCCCAAUUGGAGAAGUGGAAUAAGAGGAGCUUGUGACAUGUUAUUCUUCCAUGUGUAUUCUGACCAGCCUGUCUGAUCAGCCUAAGACAUUUUUGUAGUUGUUCUUUUUACUUUUGGUGAAGUUCUCAUUGUCCGUAUGUCUGAUCACCCUGAGACAUUUUUGUAGUUGUUUUUUUUUACUUUUGGUGAAGUUCUCAUUGUCCGUAUGUCUGAUCAGCCUAAGACAUUUUUGUAGUUGUUUUGUUUACUUUUGGUGAAGUUCUCAUUGUCCGUAUGUUUAUUGCAUUUGCAAUUUCCAAUUUCUUGUAAUUAGAGCUAUGUUCUUUACUUCUGGUGAAGUUCUCAUUGCCCGUAUGUUUAUCGCAUUUGCAAUUUCUUUUCAUUAGAGCUAUGUUUUUUACUUCUGGUAAAGUUCUCAUUGCCCGUAUGUUUAUUGCAUUUGCAAUUUCCAAUUUCUUGUAAUUAGAGCUAUAUGGCUGUACUACACUUUCAAAUAUAU